UUCACAUAAUUCAUUCUUUUGUUUUANUCGUUUGCCUACAAUUCUCUUCGUGUUGGAUUGGAAGUUGGUGAUGGUUGAUGGUGCCUUUGAUGUCGGCGAUUCAGAAAUCGACUGGGACGACCUGUUGAAAAACUUUCCCGAUGACCUGAAUUUCAAUCUCGGCGAUCUACCCGCCGCCGAUGGGCUGUCGGCCUCGCCCAAUUCCGGGUGCUCGUUGUCGAUCGGCGACAUCGAGCAGUAUCUCAUGGAUGAUAGCGGGUCGGAUCAUGGGGAAACGGAUCAGGCUUUGUUAGCUGAAGCUGAUGGGUUGUUCUCGGACGUGGUCCUGGAUCCGUCACCCGGGCCGGAUCGGUCUAAGGAGUUUUCGGGCAGCCCUGAGUCGGCGGUUGAGGGAGAGACGGAUGAAGAGGAGAAAGAAAAGGACGAGCCCGGUGAUAUUGGUGCGUAUGCUCUGCAAACAAAGCAGAAUAUUGAUGGUGAUGAUGAUAAUGAUCCCCUUGCGAAAAAGCGCAAAAGGCAAAUGAGGAAUAGGGAUGCGGCAGUAAGAUCACGGGAAAGGAAGAAGAUGUACGUGAAGGAUCUUGAGGCGAAGAACAAGUACUAUGAAGCCGAAUGCAAGAGGCUGGGGAUUAUGCUCCAGUGCUGUCUUGCCGAGAAUCAAGCAUUACGGUUUUCGUUGCACAAUAAUAAGGCAUUUGAAUCAUCCACGACCAAGCAGGAGUCUGCUGUGCUCUUGUUGGAAUCCCUGCUGCUGGGUUCCCUGCUUGGGUUCCUGGAUAUCAUCCUUUGCCUUCUAAUCAUGUCCACCAACCUCCUCCCGUUUCUGGAAAAAAACGCGGGAAGCCCAAAACUGGAAAGUGUGGUGGCUCUAAGAAACAGGGCUCGUAAACUGGUGGGAGGUGUAUUUAGUUUAUGUAUGAUGGGCAGGACAUGCAAAGCUUCGAGAACAAGAAUGAAGUUGAAAGUGCUGUCUGCUGCAGAUAUAGUUGGAUGAGCCUCUUUUUGUCUUCUUGUUAAUAAGGGUUCUUAGUAUAGUUGCUCCUAAUAAAUAUAACUGCUUUUGUUGGUGCACAUUUGGAAAACGGUUGUUUUUGGAUUGCGUGGCUUGUGUUAAUUAGUAUCUAGACUGCUUUUAUCUUUACAUGAACUCCUUUUUUUGGUUAACUGAAUGUAUGUUCUAGUAUGAGUGGUGUUGAUGUUUUAGUUUCUCUGGUGAGGCUCCAUUUGGUUGCAUGUUGGCCGGCUUUCGAGAUACUAUUUACAUGCACUUUGAUCUUCCUAUAUUGUUCCAAACUUGCAUUUGGAUGGUACGUUCCACUAUAUAAAUCAGGUGAUUGCUAUGGUUGGGACAUUUGCGCAUGUCAUGACCCUUCUGCCCACACGAACUACAUGAUCCAGCACUUUGAGAUAUGACUUUCUUUUUACUCGACCAUGGACGCUUUUCACAACCUUUAGUUCAUAUAGGCUUGUGGUUGC